AUGUCAUUUGUUAACAAGCACGCUGAUAAGAAAGCCAUCAUCUUUACAGAUUUUGAUGGAACUGUCACUUUACAAGAUAGUAAUGAUUAUUUAACUGAUAACUUGGGUUUUGGUUAUGACAAACGUAAAGUUCUAAAUGAUUUGAUUUUGGAUGAAAAAAUGUCAUUCAGAGAAGCUUUCACUAAAAUGUUGGAUUCAAUUCCAACUCCAUUCCCCGAAUGUAUUGAUUAUCUAUUACAAAACAUUAAAUUAGAUCCUGGGUUCAAAGAAGCUUUCCAUUGGGCUCAAGCUAAUAACAUUCCAGUCAUUGUUGUGUCAAGUGGUAUGAAACCUAUCAUCAAAGCUUUACUACAAAGUUUAGUUGGUGAAGAAUCAAUUGAUCAAAUUGAAAUCAUUUCAAAUGAUGUCAAAGUCAAUGAUGAUGGAUCAUGGGAAAUCAUUUAUAGAGAUGAAACUCCAUUUGGUCAUGAUAAAUCAAGGGCUAUCAGACCAUACAGAGAGUCAAGAAAGAGCGCCAAAGAUCAAACUUUGUUCUACUGUGGUGAUGGUGUCUCAGAUCUAUCAGCUGCUAAAGAAACGGAUUUAUUGUUUGCUAAAAGAGGUAAAGAUCUAGUUACAUAUUGUAGAAGACAGAAUGUUGUUUUCAGACAAUUUGAUUCUUUCAAAGAUAUUUUAGAAAGUAUCAAAUCUGUUGUUGAAGGUGGAAAAACUAUAGAAGAAUUGAAUGAAAACAAUCAAUAG